AUGUUUUGUGCAGAUACCGGUCAAGCUCAACCAAACCAAAACCAAGAAACAAUAAAUACUUCAAUACCAGAAAAGACCCUCUCAUUACUGGACGUCGUCGACGGGCUUCCUGUUUUAACAAACAGUGUACUGCUAGAUUUAGCAGAAGAUGGCGAGGGGCGGCUAGCUCCGGUUUCACGCCUAGGUACAGUAGGUAGUCCUCGGUGCCGAUAUGAACAAACUCCGAAUCUCGGCAUCGACGUGCCAGCAACGCCAUCGCGUGGUCAAGGAUUAACAGGUUACCAAGGAAAAGUGCUGUCAAUAUUGUCGUGUAUAAAAACCCAAAAUGGCCAAACAAUAAGUCUUUUAAAGCAUACAGGCACAUUGAAAGUUACUCUAAAACCGGAAUUACAAUUUCCAAUUCAAAAUGCCGAUGAAUUAAAUACAAUUGAAUCAUUAUUGGACAUCAAAGAAAAUUUUGAUAAUUUGGUUUCAUACAUGAGAACUUUUGGAGGCAGGGAUAUCUCCAGCAAAGUGUCUCGGGUAAUGAAAUUUUGUUUCACUGACCAGAUAGCUGAACAGUAUAACUUCUAUGGGAAGAGAUCCAACAAAAAGCCUUUCUGCCAACUUCGCCUGCGAGAGUGUGUCGUGGUUAAGUUUAACAUAAUACGUGACUAUAAGGCCGUGAAAAUCGGUUCAGGUGUUUCUGAGAUAUUCAACUUUGAAAUAUUUCGAAAGUUAGUUCAGAGUUUAAAAGCCAUGGCAGCUUCGUGGUUUGACCUGCAGCCUCUCAAGCAGAAGGUCGUGGGUUGGAACCCCAGACUACGUGCGUAA